UCUGAGGUUCAAGCGUUCAACUUCCAAAUUUCAUCGCAUUUAAAAUCUUCCUUCCUCCUUUUUCACUCCCCCAGUCCACACUGGUUUUCGUUCCUUUCCAUUCCUUGAAUUUUCUGUCGUUCCUCGAAUCUCUCUCUCAUGUCUUCUUCUUCUUUCCCUCUCCCUCUUAAUCCUCCGGUUUCUCUCCACCAUCCGAAACUCCUCACUCUUUCUUUACUCCCAUUCUCCAAGUCCUCGUUAUCACUUUCUUUCUCCAAAUCUCACGUCUGCUACUCUUCCUCUUUCCCCAACCCUUCUUCUUCUUCUUCUUCCGACCGCGACGACUUAUUCUGGCUUCGCGAAGAACAGCGCUGGCUUCGCGAGGAGCAGCGAUGGCUCCGGGAAGAGCAGCGGUGGCUUCGGGAGCGCGAGUCACUCCUUAGCGAAAUUCAAUCGUUAAAGCUUCAAAUUCAAGCAUUGGAGAAACAUAUUUCAGUUCAGGAAGGGGACUUGGUGCCGGAGACAAUAGCGAACGUUAGAGCUUUGUUGCAGGUUUUGACGGAGAAAAAUCGGAUUGCGGAGACUGCAUCGAGUGCGAGCUCUAUUGUGUUUGAGGAGAAGGUGGAGGAUGUGAAGGAAGUGAUCAGUGUUGCAGAGAAAAAGGAGAUAAGGCGAAAUACAUUGAGGAAAGGAAGUGAAGGAGAAGAGGUGCGAGAGAUGCAGGAAGCAUUACAAAAAUUAGGCUUUUACUCAGGUGAGGAAGACGUUGAAUAUUCCAGCUUUUCAAGCAGUACUGAGCGUGCAGUGAAGACUUGGCAAGCAACAUUAGGUGUCCCAGAAGAUGGGAUAAUGACUGUGGAACUCCUUGAAAAGUUAUAUGUGGAGCAACAGAAUAAGGUUACUGGGUCAAACAUUAGUAUAGAUGAGAAAGGGAGCAAUCUAACUGUUUCACAGAAGGAAGGUACCAAUGGCACUGCAGUUACUUCUGUAACAGAAAUAUUAGAAACACAGCAGAAAGUUGUGAAAGAAGAAGGUGAAACAGAAGUUGAGGUAUCUCAGCAUCGAGUAUUCCUUCUAGGGGAGAAUCGGUGGGAGGAGCCCUCUAGACUUGUUGGCAGAGAUAAAAAAGUAGGAGUUAUCAAAACCAAGGAUGCCCGUACAAAGUGCCUUUCUUGUCGCGGGGAGGGCCGUCUACUUUGCACAGAAUGUGAUGGGACAGGCGAGCCAAAUAUUGAACCCCAGUUCUUAGAAUGGGUGGAUGAGGGAACGAAGUGUCCAUACUGUGAAGGCCUUGGAUACACAAUUUGUGACGUGUGUGAAGGGAAAGCAGUUAUGUAGGUAUUAUAGUAUUUAUUCAUACUUAAAAUAUUUACAAUUUAUCUCCAUCAUAUGAAAAGUGGAUUAACCUGAAUUCAUAAUACAUAUAAUACAAAUCCUGAAGACUGGUAGUUCAAACAA